GGGAAGCGGGAAAUUUAUGGUGUAGUCUUGGAGGUCACUUCCAACCGUUGAGUAUAUUGCUCAGAUUGUCAAAGUGGAAUAAUCUUUCAAGAAGUCGUCAACCGUAACGCUGGAUAACACUUAAGAGGAAAAGAAAAUCCUCGUCCAAUUUCGGCAUACUAACGGAAUUUUGGCCGUAUGUUUCGGCAGAAGACGAUUUUGAAACAUGUUGUCCCGCACAUCUGCCCGGCAACAACGCAUGCGUCAACAAACACUGAAUGAAGAACGCAUUGCUCAAGAUCAGUUAGAACCUAGAACAUCAGUGAAUGUCGUUCUAAGGUUCCAAGUUGAUCAUAAGUAGUCCAACAACAACAUCACAUCCAUCUCUUAAUAUUCUGCUCUCUGCAUCCCAAGCCCCAACGCAACAUAUAGAUGAUACCACAAAACUAAGUAAUCAAUACAAUCGAGGUUUUGGAGCUAGUGCCCUCCUGGCUUCUCUAAAUGCAAAUGGUCAGCAACAUCAAACUACAUCAGCCCAUUCAACUAGGCUUCUCCUGUCGACUGAAGACACACAACCAGUGGUAUCCCAUCUACCUGAUAAAAAUACUCAGCAAUCGAAUCUGAAUUUGGAGAACUAUAAAUCAUUCCUUGUAACAACAAAUACUACUGCUACUCAAAGUUUUUCAGUUAACAAUCGAAAUUCAAUCUAUACGCUGACUAGUAAUACUGUUGCUACCACUACUACUUCAAAUGCGAAGAAAACACCUAAUCAAACAUUACCUAUGCAUUUUGCACAACGUAAUGUAGCCCAAGGUCAUACACAAUUUCAUUUACAGUCAAAGCAUAAUAGUUUUGAAAGUGUAUCCCCGAAUACUCAAUUAAAGUCGAAUUCAGAAUUUAGUGGAUUAGAAGUGGAAUCCAAUGAAUCGCCGACACCAUCUGAUAUGAAUUCUCCAGUUGAAUCAUGUUUUGCAAAUAUCAUGGAAGAUCAGGGUAGUGAUAGCUUUGAUUUGAACAAUAUUACGCCAUCGAUUAAUCUUUCGUCGUCUGUCGGUGUAUCUAACUCGACCGUUGAUUUUCCACAUCAAACAUGUGAUUCUUCUGAACGACUACAACAAUCAACAACGAAAUCAACAAUGCCAAUAAUGGCAAACAAACUGGAUUCACUGGUACAAAUUAGUCCUGUGGAUGUAAAUUCACUGUUUCUUAAAGAAAAUCAUAAGUUGAACAGAGAUGAAGCUUGUAUGAAAGUGUCGUCAUCAUGUCCAGCUGUUGUGCCUGAAGACCUACAACAUGUGCUGGAUAAUGCUAGUCCUGUACAGUCUGGAUCAAGAGCCCCACAAUCCGUACUUAGUGAAAGUGGUAGUAGCCCGUUAGGUGGUAUGAACAGUACACCCGAAGCUUCGAGUAUUCCAAUGAAUCAUGGUUCACUUGGUGUUGGAAGUCUGUCUUCAUCUGCGGGUAAUCGGUGUGUAGAUGAUCAACGAGUCGCUUGGAUGAGAGACCGAACUAAGAAAGACAGUCAUAAUCGAAUUGAACGUAAACGACGGGAUUAUAUUAAUUGUCAAAUCGCUGAACUGGGAAAUUUGUUGCCUGAAGAUAUGUUCAGAGAUGGGGAUGGCAAGAAAAAUAAAGGUAAUAUACUAAAAAAUUCUGUUGAAUUUAUUUGUUUACUACGUUCGGAAUUGGCGCAGAUACCUGAAGUGCGUCGAGAGACAAGUUUAGCCGCAAAAGUUAUUGGCCAAUUAGUUAAACGUAUUCAGGAGUUAGAAUCAGUUACCAAUGUAACAUCAGCACAACCCCAGGGUAGUCGAAAUAGUUCUGAUUAUCAAAGUCUGUUACAAGAAUGGGUUAUGCUGCAUGAAAAUAAUCUACAGAAUGCAGUGCCAAUUGAUACAACUAACUCACCUAUUACUCGAUAUUCUUUCCCAAUGAAUAUAACAGAUACUGCUGGCAGCUCUUCACCGGGUCUAUCAUCUGUCGGCACAGAGGAAAUGAUUAAUAGUGAUACAAAAGUGAUUUUUUCAAACUCAGUCCCGGUGCCAAUUGUUGGAUCUGCUCCAGUACCAAGCAAUCCCUUAGGCAGUUGUUCUAGAAUGAACUCACCUAUUUCAAACAUGAAUAUAGUAUCCCGACCUGCUGGUUGUGGUGGUAGUUCUGCAACAGAUUCAUCAUUACGAUUAAUGCGUACAAGGUGUACAUCGUUGACGGUGUCUACUGUUGGAGCUAAUAGUUUAAGCAGUGAUGCAAAUAUCCCCGGUGUUCGUCUUCAUGGUUCUGAAUACCAAUCCCAGGCUAAUCGAUUAAAAUCUCAGCGUAUUUUACAACCACAUCAAUCAUCACAUUUACGCAUUUUUCAACCGGGUAACAACCAUUCAGGAGUAGGAGUAUCCCAGACACCGUUACGUGGUUCACAGCAAUUCCAGUCAAAACCUAUACCACAAAGUCAUCUCCCCUCAUCAUCAUUAUCUCCACAACACAACUUCAUCGUACAACAUCAAGUAAAUCCAUCGUCUAGUAGUGGCUUAGGAUUAACGGUUAGAUCGAAUCCAAAUCAAGAAUUAACAAAUUCACACUGCCUUAGUGCAAGUUUACCGGUGAAUGUUAAUCCACUGUUGUGUGGUUUACAGGAUUCUGACAUCAGUGAUGUAACCGAUGAUAAGAGUUCACAAUUGUAUUCAUUUGAUUCAUCCAGUUCAUUUAUUGUUCCACAAUUGAAAUCUGAACCAAUAUGUGAAACAGAUUCAAUGUAUGGUACAAUGCAUUCAUUAGGCUUAGAAUUGAGUCAUGGUAAUACAGGAAAUACAAUUUUGGAACCAGUUACACAUUUUGAUCCAUUGAUUGCAUCUGUUGUUCAGACAUCCCAUCAACACUAUCAUCAACAACAACAACAGGAACGAAAUCAUCCUCAUCACUAUCAUCAUCAUCAUUUACAACAACAGCAACAACAACAAUUGCAUCAACAAUCUCAUCAUCAUCACCUACAACAACAGUAUCCCUUAUUUAAUCAUACUGGAAUGACAUCAUCAAAAGCAGUGGAUUCAUCUACCCCGCCUAUUGGAUUAGAUAUAGACGAUUUUCAAUUCGAUGACGUCCCAAUGGAAUAAUGAUGAUGAUGCUUAUAAAGUCAUGAACAGAUUUACAGAUUACAGACUUAUUUUUUCCGACUGCACCAUUGUGUGCAUGCGGAAUCCUUUUUGGUGAGAAAAAAAAUUCAUCUCAUUGAUAUAAAUUUACUUGAAGAGUUUGAAAAAUGAAUGGAGAAUCAUGUGCUUAUGAGAAUCAUUCACUAACUUACCCAUUGAUGUUAUUGUCUCAGUGUUAAACUGAUCUAUACAUAAACAAUUUGCUUGAAGCAACCCAUUUUACUAUCUUUUUCCACAGCAAAAAGAAUUCAUUUCUUAAUUUUAUUUGGAUUGCCAUUAGCAGUAGUAUUAUAAUGCUCUUUUUUUUUGUCAAACUCAUUUGAAAUAAUCCAUUGAGUUAUUUUUAACAGUAAACGUUUUGGACUUAUAGUAUAAUUAAAUAUAUCACAAUAUCUCAGUAGGC